AUGUCAGACAAGGCUCUGGCCGCUCCUUCCACCGUCAAGGCCAGCAAACCCAGGUAUGUAGUGGAUACUGAGGCCCCUACAUGGCGGGUGGUCCUCGGCAACAUCGCUGCCGGCGCCACGGCUGGAGCUGUGGUGGAAGCUGCCCUCUACCCCCUGGACACGAUAAAGACGCGGCUACAGACGGCCACGUCAGGGGGCGGCCUGCGAGCACUCUGGCAGUCCGGCGGCAACAAAGCGCUGUACAGCGGCGUGCUGGGCAACCUGGCGGGCGUGGUGCCGGCCUCCGCCAUAUUCAUGGGCGUGUACGAGCCCGUGAAGACCGCUGUAGAGCGCCGCGUGCCGGAAAACAGGCAGUUCCUGGGAUCUCUGUCAGGCGGCGUAGCUGCCGGCCUGGCCGCCUCCUUUGUGCGCGUGCCCACAGAGGUCGUGAAGCAGCGCAUGCAGACGGGGGAGUUUACCGGCGCGAUCAGGGCAGUGCAGGGGAUAGUGCGGAGAGAGGGCGCGAGGGGCCUCUUUGCGGGCUAUGGAUCUUUCCUGCUGAGGGAUCUCCCCUUUGAUGCGAUUGAGUUCAUGGCGUACGAGCAGCUGAAGAAGGCGUACAAGGCUUCGCUGAAGCGUGGCACCAGCGGGCGGACAGAGCUGUCUGCAGGAGAGACUUCAGUGGUGGGGGCGCUGGCCGGGGCAGUCACUGGGCUGGUGACAACGCCCCUGGACGUCAUCAAGACGCGGCUCAUGACGCAGGGCGUCAGCCGAAAGUAUGAUGGCAUCUUUGACUGCGCCCGCAAGAUCGCACAGCAGGAGGGCACUGCAACCUUCUUCAAGGGUUGGGAGCCGAGGGUGCUGUGGAUCAGCAUAGGCGGCUGUGUGUUCUUUACAGCGCUUGAGGAGGCAAAGAAGUUGUACGCUCCCAAGAAGCAAGUGUCAUGUUGCUCAUCGUGA